UUUUUAAAAUGGAUGAGAUGGAAAGUAACCUUUCUUCGGAUAAGAGCAAUGUCAAAGAAGAACAAGAAGACGAUUUAAACUGUGACCUAGAUAAUGUGCACAUAAAAAUGGAACCUGAUGAUCCGAAACAAACAGAAAGCAGUGAUGAACAUGACGAUAAAGAACACUGUGCUGAAAAUUCAAAUACCUUUUUGUCCAAUGAAAAUGACGAUGACUAUGGUGCCCUGUUUUCCCAGUAUACGACUACACUCUACGAUGCUGCAAUGGAGGCUGUUACGCAAAGCAUCAUUACGAAUAAGAACAUCAGCAAUCGGAAAAAAUCUCCAGCCUGGAACCAUUUUUUUAUUUCUCCUCGGGACAGUACCAAAGCAAUAUGCCAUUACUGUAUGAAAGAGUUUAGCAGAGGGAAAAAUGAAAAAGACCUUAGUACAAGUUGCCUCAUGAGACACGUGAGGAGGGCUCACCCUAGAGUCCUUGUCUCUGAUAAUGAAAAUAUGCCAGGUAUAUCAUCCUGCUCUCCUCCUACGUUACUUCUACCUCCGCAGCCUCCAGAUGUUGUGGAAACGAUUGCGACUCCUACAAAAAUUAGGAAGCUGUCUUCAAAAAUUUCACCCACAGAAAAGUUGGUGGAAGACUCAGUUGCCGUCUUAUCCUCAGAUGAGAUGUCUUCAGACUUGUCCAUUUCAGAUAAAAUUAGCAAAGAGGAUGUUGCUGUCAUUUCUCCGAGGUCUUUACCUAACAACCAAUGUGAUGAUACAGGGGAAAACCUGACAGAAAAAAUUCCAAUUCAGAAAAAUUCAUCUGGUUCCAGAAGACGUUCUGCAGUCUGGAAGCACUUUUAUUUAUCUCCAUUGGAUAAUUCAAAAGCUGUUUGUAUUCACUGCAUGAAUGAAUUCAGCAGAGGGAAAAAUGGAAAGGACCUUGGUACAAGUUGUUUAAUAAGACACAUGUGGAGAGCACAUCGUUCAAUUGUUUUACAAGAAAAUAGCAGUGGAACAAAUUUGCCACCUCCAUAUUCUGUGCCGCCAACACUGUUACCAUCUCUUUUACCCACUGAUUGUGGAGAGAUCAGUUCUGCAGCAGUCUCUCCUGGCAAAAUCAUAAAAGAAUCUACUUCAGAACCUUCAUCUCCAGAUAGGGUAUCCAAGGACCUACAAUGCAAUGCCCCUAAUGGUGACUUAUCAAUUGAUGAUGGAGCAGCAGUUCUCCGUUCCUCCACAAAUACUGUGGAUUCAUUGAUGUCUUCUCCUGAAAAACUUAACGAGGGUCAGAGUUCUACAGCAUAUGAGCCACCCAUCAUUUCUCCUCAAAAUAAAAAAGUUAUGAAACGGCUGAAAUCUGAAGUAUGGCACCAUUUUUCAUUAUCACCAAUUGAUAACUUGAAAGCAAUUUGCAGAUAUUGCAAUUGUAUGAUCAGCAGGGGUAAAAAGGGUGAUUUGGGAACCAGCUGUUUAAUGAGACAUCUUUACCGGAGACAUCCUGAAAUACUAUUAAACCAAAAAAGCUUUAUGGAUGUUGGUUUAGCUAAUUCACCUUACGCUACAUUGGCCUCUGCGGAGUGCUCUUCUUCAAAAAUCCCAGAAUUGCCGACAGUAAUGACUCGCGAUCAGAUUGUCUUACCUACAAACAGCAAGAAGACCUCAAAACUGUGGAAUCACUUCUCAAUUUGUUCAGCAGAUUCUACUAAGGUUAUAUGCAUGCACUGUGGGCGCACAAUUAGCAGAGGAAAAAAACCGACCAAUUUAGGGACUAGCUGCCUCCUGAGACACUUACAGCGCUUCCACAACAAUGUACUGCAAAAUAACGGUGUUCCAGACACAUUACCAUCAGCAGAUGGACACGCAUCUAUAAACACAGACCUAACAGCCACCUCCUCAUUUGACGAAACCAAUGACAAAUUUAGUGACUCUCACCCAGUUGCCAAAAAAAUCACAAGUCUUGUAGCUGAAAUGAUGGCACUUGAUCUCCAGCCAUACUCAUUUGUAAACAAUGUUGGUUUUAACAGACUGCUUGAAUACCUUCAACCUCAAUACUCCUUACCAUCCGCUUCUUAUUUUUCCACAACUGCUAUUCCCGAUAUGUAUGAAAAUGUGAAACAGGUAAUCUCCUCACAAUUAAAAGAAGCAGAGGGUGGUGUAAUUCACUUCACAGCUGGAAUCUGGAUGAGUAGCCAGACACGGGAAUAUUUAACACUCACUGCUCACUGGGUAACAUUUGAUUCUUCCUUCAGGCCACACAGCAACGAUUACCAUUGUUCGGCACUUCUACAUGUAUCACAGAUUGACUGUGACUACAAUGGGGUCAGCGUUCAAAAACAUCUGGAAUACUUAUGGGACUCGUGGAUCACCUCAUUCGGCCUUAUAAUGGGCAUCACUGUAACAGAUAAUCAUAGCAUAGGGAAAACAUUAAACGAGAGUGAACAUUCAAGUGUGCAGUGCUUUGGCCAUACUGUGGAUCUUAUUGUAAAUGAGGCAAUUAAGAGUCAACGAAUGGUUCAAAAUCUUCUGAGCAUUGCAAGAAAGAUCUGUGAACGUGUUCAUCGGUCAACGAAAGCAAAAGAAAAAUUGUCAGAGUUGCAAAAUGAAUACGGACUGCCUCUGCACUCACUCAUUCAAGAUGUUCCUUCAAAGUGGAAUACGUCAUUUCAUAUGUUGGAGAGGCUGAUUGAGCAGAAGAGGGCAAUUGAUGAAAUGUCCAUUGAGUGCAACUUCAGGGAGUUAAUAAGUUGCGAUCAGUGGGAAGUGAUGCAGUCUGUCUGCCAUGCUCUGAAACCUUUUGAAGCAGCCAGGAGAGAAAUGAGUAUGCAUAUGGCUACCUUAAGUCAGGUGAUUCCGAUGAUCCAUAUACUAAAUCGAAAGAUAGAAAUGUUGUUUGAGGAAACAAUGGGAAUUGAUACAAUGUUGAAAUCCCUUAAAGAAGCCAUGGUUUGUAGACUAUCAUCAACUCUUCAUGAUCCAAGAUACAUUUUUGCAACUCUCUUGGAUCCUCGGUACAAGGCUUCCUUAUUUGCAGAGGAGGAGGCCGAGGAAUAUAAACAAGGAUUAAUCAGGGAACUGGAAUUACUAAAUUCUACCUCAGAUGACACGCCUGUUCUUAAUGGGUGUCUCAAAAGUUCACCACCUAAAACUAAUGUUGAAGAAAAUAUUUGGUCGCUUAUGGCUAACCUUAAAAAAUCGAAAACUAUAAAGGAAAAGUUACCCGAAGACAUUGUGUUUGCUUAUUUGGAAGAGGAAGUGCUUGAGCACAACUGUGAUCCUUUAACGUACUGGAAUUUAAAGAAAUCUUCAUGGCCUGCUCUAUCAAAGCUGGCUGUUCGAUUUCUAGGUUGUCCCCCAAGCAUUAUUCCUCCUGAGCGGCUGUUUAACACCUCAAAUGAAAAUAGUAAUUUUAACCAAACUCGGUCGAUGAUGGAACAUUUCGAACAGCUCAUCUUUUUGAAAGUUAAUCUUCCUUUAAUUUACUUUCAGUAUUGAAACCAACCAAUUGUCAGGUGAAAGCUAUUGUUGCUUACUGAAUAAUUAACUGUUUUUUCUACGUUUUUAUUAAAUUGCUCCACAGGGGUCAUGUACGACAUCCGAUCAGUAACUGUAAUUUUUUAAUUACGUUCCAAUGUUUUCGCUUUAAAUAUAGUCUACAUGUGCCUUACUCAGUUUUUCAAACGGCCAGAUCUUGUACAUAUCAUUUUUUUUUUUUUCGGUUUGUU